GAAGAGAAUUUAAUAUUAGCCGAACCUUUUCCAGCUCGCCAUACCAACAACGACUUUUCUAACGCCUUUCCUCCCGGAAUCUGCCAAAACCCAUCACCGCUUUCUGAAUUUUCCACCUUCUUUUUCCGAUUUGUCUCAGAAACCUCUUCACCUUAAGCCUCUCAUGUCCUUUUGAAUGGAACGAGGCUAUGUAGAUGGCUCUAUUCAACAACACCAAUCUCUCCCGCGUGCACAGCUUGACGCCCAAGCCUCCCUUCUGAGCUGCACGCUUUCAUUGGACCACGUCGGCCAAGUUAGCCUCUCCUUCAACUCUGAUGGGUUGUCUUGGAGAUUGCUCGAGCCAUUGGACAAUGAUGACUCAACUUGUUUGUGCAUCAAAUUUGCUUCAAAGGUAGCAACAACCGAGAUCAAGUUUGCAGAUGUGUAUGCUGUUGAGCUGAUCAACUAUGGCGUGAUUCAUGGAUCAAAUGUCUCAAAUGCUCGAAAAUGCCUUAAGGGUCAACGUGUCUCUGAGACGUACCGCUUUACAGUCCAUGGUUUCCAGAGCUCAAGGACUCUUCCGUCUGCUCGGGUCCUUGCUACAUAUACAUUUGGUCAUAAGGAUCUCCAUAUAUGUCAGAUUUGGGUCAAUCAAAUCAAGGCUUCUCUGGACUUAGAGCAGGGGAGGCCAAAGAAUCUUCUGGUUUUUGUUCAUCCAAGGAGUGGGAAGGGAAAUGGCUGCAAAACUUGGGACAGUGUGGCUCCUAUAUUCUCCCGUGCUAAAGUGAAAACAAAGGUGAUUGUGACCGAAAGGGCAGGGCAUGCAUAUGAUGUGAUGGCAACUAUAGGGAACAAGGAGCUUAUUUCAUAUGAUGGAGUGAUAGCUGUUGGUGGUGAUGGUUUUUUCAACGAAAUUCUUAAUGGAUUUCUUUCUUCAAGGCAUAAAGCUCCAUAUCCACCUACUCCUUCAGAUUUCCUUGAUUCUGCUAGUUGUAAUGAGAGUCUCAUUGUAAAUGAUCCAAGUGAAACCGUUAUUGAAGCUUCUUCUCAGAAUAAUGAGCAGUCUCCCCUCCUCUCAAGUUCAAGUAUUAAUGGCUCAGGAGUCUUAAAUAUCAUAGAUCAAGAGCCUGAGAUUUCCCUCCCCAAUGAACAUUUAAGAUUUGGACUCAUUCCUGCUGGCUCAACUGAUGCCAUUGUGAUGUGUACAACUGGGGCUCGAGAUCCUAUAACAUCUGCAUUUCACAUUGUCCUCGGUAAAAGAGUGUGGCUUGAUGUAGCUCAAGUUGUGAGGUGGAAAACAGAAUCUACAUCGGAGGUUGAACCUUAUGUGCGCUAUGCAGCUUCUUUUGCUGGGUAUGGAUUUUAUGGAGAUGUCAUUACAGAGAGUGAAAAGUACCGUUGGAUGGGACCUAAACGAUAUGAUUAUGCAGGAACAAGGGUGUUUAUGAGGCACAGGUCCUAUCAGGCAGAAAUAGCAUAUUUAGAUGUCAAAUCAGAAGAACGAGAUUCAACUUCUGAGAAAGAUAAUCUUGGUGGUCGCAAGAGACCAUUUUGGAGCUCAAAUAAAUCUGAAAAGGUGAUAUGCCGUGCCAACUGCAACGUUUGUUGCACCAAGCCUAUUCACGGGUCCACAGAUGAUUCCCAUACGACCCCUUACUCACAUGCAGGAGAGACAAAAUGGUCCAGUUCCAAGGGAAAGUUUCUCAGUGUCGGUGCUGCAGUAAUUUCUUGUAGAAAUGAAAAAGCACCUGAUGGUUUGGUGGCUGAUGCGCAUCUUUCAGAUGGUUUCCUCCAUCUCAUAUUGAUCAAAGACUGUCCUCAUGCUCUCUAUCUUUGGCAUCUUACACAGCUUGCAAGGAAAGGUGGAAAUCCUUUUGAUUUCAAGUUUGUGGAACACCACAAGACCCCUGCUUUUACAUUUACUUCUUCUGGCAAUGAGAGUGUUUGGAAUUUGGAUGGUGAAGCAUUUCAAGCACAUCAACUAUCAGCACAAGUAUUCCGGGGUCUUGUCAGCUUGUUCGCCACUGGUCCUGAAGUUUGAUAGAGAACCAAGGGUUGGUUAUUCGAGAAUAUCUCCAUUGAUGCAUAUAUGUACAUCGAGUUUUUAAAUUUAUUUUUUUGGCUUUUUACAUGGAACGUUGGAAGGAAGAUAUGGGGCUUCCUCAGCGCUUUCCUUGUUCAAGCUUUGUAACCUAAACUCAGAUUAGUGUCAUGUAUCAUAGACAUUUUUGUAUAACAACUCUAAAUGAUGAAAUAAAGAGCUUCUGAUUGAGAUAAA